GUGGUAGCGAGGCACGUUGUGGCGGCCGGUAGGCCGGCUGGCAGCUACGGUUCUGGAGUCGCCGGCGCCCGGCGAGGAGGUAGUGACGGUUCCCGUCAGCACGGAUGCUGUGUUGAUUCCGGUGUAGCGAGUGGUGUGAAAUCAUGAACUGCAGAGCCAGCACAAUCUCAACGUAGCAACAGACGAGUGGGAAGCCGGAGGAUUGGGAAACUUUUAAAGAGCAACAGAAGAUUUGCAGCUUGAAAGUGACCCUAUUUACAGCAUUGUCAAUUCAACCGCAGAGGCUACUCCCCAGGUGGCUCCCGCUACGGGACAGAACGGUCAUUUAUAAAAAGCACGAAGAGUAAGGGUCCCAGAGCAGAUCCCUGAGGUACUGUUCACCGACCUCCAUGCAGGAUAUGACCCGACUACAACCAGUCUUUCCUUCUGUGGGCAAUACUUCGCGCAAGACCAUAGAUGCUGGAUCUGGAGCAACAGUCUGCUGGUGGAGCUCAGUCGGUCGAGCAGCAUCAGGAUUGAUGCAGGGACAACAAUUUCUUACCACUGCUGAAUGGAUGGCUUCCAAGAGUUUAUCUUUUAAACAGCCUUGGACACCGUGUUUUUCCUCGGCUGGGGAUAUGACUGGUUAAGGCCUGGUGAACUCUGAUCCAUUCCUGUGUGGCUUUGUUUUACUGAGUGCGAGCUGCCUGUUGGAGGCAGGAUUGACAGACGACGCUGCACAGGAGUUCAAUCGUGACUGCUGUGCUUCAUGUCAGAGACUCGGCUUUGCUGUAGUUAAUGAUUUUAUAUCCUCGGCUGGAAAGACAUGGAGUUCACGGUGAUGUGCUGAGCCUGCAAUCUUCCCCUCUCCCAAGAUCCAUAAUUCCAGUGCCACUUCCCUGGAGGGAUCGCAAGGACUUUGUGUGGCAGGAGGACAGCUUCACGGGAGAGAAAAUGCCCCCAGCAGCACUGAUGCGCUUCUCUAUGGCGGACUACGUCAUCUUCGCCCUGCUUCUCAUCUUCUCCUCAAUCAUCGGACUCUUCUACGCACUAAGUGGCGGGCGGCAGAGGACCACCCAGGAGUUUCUGCUGGCCGGGCGCAGCAUGACCUUCGUGCCGGUGGCCCUCUCCCUCCUCGCCACCUUCCAGUCAGCCGUGGCCAUCCUGGGUGUCCCGGCUGAGAUCUACACCAACGGCACUCAGUACUGGUUCCUCGGAUGUUCCUACUUCCUCGGACUCCUCAUCCCUGCUCACGUCUUUCUCCCUGUGUUUUACCGGCUUGGCCUCACCAGCACUUAUGAGUACCUGGAACUGCGGUUUAAUAAGGCGACGAGACUGUGUGGGACACUGACUUUCAUCUUUCAAAUGGUUAUUUACAUGGGAGUAGUCCUCUAUGCACCUGCCCUGGCCCUAAAUGCAGUGACUGGCUUUAAUUUGUGGGGCGCUGUACUAGCCAUGGGCCUGGUCUGUACACUCUACACGGCAGUGGGUGGGCUAAAAGCUGUAAUUUGGACCGACGUGUUUCAGACGCUGGUGAUGUUUUCUGGGCAGCUGGCUGUCAUCAUCAUCGGUGCAAAGCAGGCGGGGGGCAUCGGAGAAGUGUGGCAAUCCGCCAUGAGGGGUGGCAGGAUAUCGGGAAUCGACCUAAACCCUGACCCUUUUGAGCGCCACACCUUCUGGACGCUGGCCUUCGGCGGCGUGUUCAUGAUGCUGGCGCUGUACGGAGUGAACCAGGCCCAGGUUCAGCGGUACCUCAGCUCGCGCUCCGAGGUGCAGGCGAAACUGUCGUGCUAUGCAGUGUUCCCAUGCCAACAGAUAGUCCUGGCCAUGGGGUGUCUGAUGGGCCUGGUCAUGUAUGCUCGCUAUGGAGAAAACAGUCCGCUGCAGCAGGGUUAUGUCAGCACCCCUGAUCAGAUGGUUCUAUAUUUCGUCAUGGACGUGCUUCAGGAUUAUCCUGGUUUACCAGGACUCUUCAUCGCCUGCUUGUUCAGCGGAGCACUCAGCACUAUAUCAUCUGCGUUCAGUUCACUGGCUGCUGUGACCAUGGCUGACCUUAUUAAACCUCACUACCCAAACAUGUCUGAGCAACGAGCCACACUCAUAUCCAAGGGUCUCGCCUUUGGUUAUGGAAUACUCUGCCUUGGAAUGUCAUAUAUCGCAUCGCUGAUGGGCUCAGUGCUGCAGGCAGCUUUGAGCAUAUUUGGAAUGAUUGGCGGCCCCUUACUUGGCACCUUCUGCCUGGGAAUGUUCUUCCCCAUGGCUAAUUCUAUGGGUGCGAUCUUGGGCUUGGUGGUUGGCCUGAUAAUGGCAUUUUGGAUCGGAAUCGGCAGCUUUGUUUUCAAAUCAACACAGUCCUCAUUCAUAAACACUACCAGUGUCCAAAAUGUCACCAUCUCUAUGACAUCCACUGCCAUUUCAAUGGCCAAUACAACGCUGGCAGUGAGUGCAGGUCCCACAGGCCUGAAGAAGUUCUACUCUCUCUCGUAUUUAUGGUACAGUGGGUUCAAUGCAGCCACCGUAGUUAUCGUGGGACUGCUGGUCAGUUUCCUAACAGGUCCAAUGAAAGGAGAGGAUGUGAACCCUUCUACCGUGUUUCCUGUUCUCCAUUAUCUGCUCUUCUUCUUGCCGAAGCGAUACAAGGAGAAGCUGACCUGUGGAGUCCGAUAUCAGCAAGCGAACACUGAGCCCAGCCUCCAGCAUUCGCUCGUGGCGCACAAGGAGUCGAAUGGAGUGGUGAGCCAGGACACGAGUUGGGUGGAUCGGAAGCAGGGGCUCGGCGAGGAGUUGGACAAGGACCUGGAUAUAGUCAAGACAGAUCUCGCGGUGGAGGUCCUCCAGGAAACUCCUUUGUAACACUAGAUCCUGAAUGGCAUUGGUACCCGGGCACGUAAAAGGUUUCCACAGUGUGUCUUCCAAAACUCCAGAGUUAAAAUGACCCAAGCCUGCAGGACCAGAAACGAGGUCCUUUGAAGUCUCGCCCCUAUCUCCUGAACCCAUGGAGGAUCUGUCCACAGCCUGAUUGUGUAAUACACAGGAAAAGGGGGUUGGCAGGAUGAACUGGAUGUGGGGAGGCGGAGACUGCCUGGAAAAUCUGCAAAUUGUGCUGAGCUGAGAUGGCUCUUAGCACAGCUGGUGCUGCUGUGAUAAUCACUGCAUUCGGCCUUGGUGGACAAGUGGCGACGUGCCACUGGUCGCCUCGGGCUGUCGAAGCAGUGUCUUCACCAUUGCCUGUUUGGCAAUCUCUGCUUUUAAAUUUUUCAUGAAUUGCAGUCAACAAGUUUCAGAGGUUAUGGAAUCAAAUAUGGGGUUGUGGAUGACAGCAGGCUUCUUUUUUGUUUCUGGGUGAAUUAUUGGCUUGUUUAAAUUUACUUUCCAAUUGUCUGAUUGUAAUCAGCUUGCACAGGGCCUCGAACACGGGCAUAAUUUUAAGAUGAUUAGAGGAAAGUAUAGGGGGGAAUUUCAGUUCUUUACACAGAGCGGUGGGUGCGUGGAAUGCUGACAAGUGUAGUAAAGGUAAGAUGUAUUAGGGGCUUUUAAGAAACUGAGACAGGUACAUGGAAGGAAAGGGUUAAAUUCAUUUUAGAGUAGGUUAAAAGGUUGGCACAGCAUUUUGGGCCGAAGGGCCUGUCUGUGUUGUAAUGUUCUAUGUCUUAUGUAUGAAGUACUAGCCACUCAAAUGCUCUGUUUCAUUCAAUGGGUACCCAUCUUUUCAUCCAGUCACAGAAUGGUUUCCGUACAGGAAGAAACCACUUGGCCUGCUCUGUGUGAGAACUCAAUCCAUUCUCUUCCCCACAACCCUGCAAAUCCUUUCCUUUUAGGUACUUGUCUAGCUACCUUUGAGCCUAUCGUUGAAUCUGCUUCCGCUGUUUUCCCCUAUUGACCUACAUUCCACAUUCGCUGUGGUUGUGUGGCUGGUAAAAGAGGUUUUCUUGCAUUUUGAUCCCAUCCGCUCUCUUUCAAUGUCCUCUUGUUCUUGUCUUUGCUGAUAGUUGAGCAGUCUUUCUCUAUUUACUGUCUACAGUUGCUACAAAGUUAAAUAUCUCCGGGAUCACUCAUAACCUGCACUGAUUCAAGGAGAACAACUUCAGACUCUGGUUUGUCCAUGUCUCUGUAAGCACUCAUUCCUGGAAUCCUUUUCUCCAUUUCAUUUGCCAUCUCAUCUUUCCUAGAUACUGGCAUCCAGAACUGGACACAAUACUCUAGUCAUGGUCUGACCAGUGUUUCUUAAGUCUUUGUGAUCUUUUUGCUCAGAGUUAAAUCCUUCUACCCUAUCAAGCUCUGAAAAUAAGUCCCAUGCCCUUUAAUUAGACCAUAAUUCAUAGGAACAGAAUUUGGCCAUUUGGCCCAUCAAGUCUGCUCCGCCAUUCCAUCAUGGUUGAUUUAUUAUCCCUCUCCACCCCAUCCUCCUACCUUCUCCCUGUAACCUUUACACCUUUACUAAUCAAGUACCAAUUUACAUCCACUUUAAAUAUACCCAAUGACUUGGCCAGCAAAGCCAUCUACAAUAUUGAAUUCCACAGAUUCCUCUCCCUCUGGCUAAAGAAAUUCCUCCUCAUCUUUGUUCUAAAGGAACAUCCUUGUAUUCUGAGGCUGUGCCCUCCGGUCCGAGACUUCCCCAUUAUUGGAAACGGUUUCUCCACAUCCACUCUCAUCUAGGUCUUUCAAUAUUGAACUUUAUACCUCAGUUCUUCCGGUCACUCAGAUUGAGCUCCCCCAACAUUUCUUCUUGCUGCUGUUUAAUCCGAAACAAGACGCACAACAUGGGGUGAGCUUCAUCUUUUCCUCUUGCCUCCUCACUUCUUUUCCCAAACCUUCUGCCACUGAGGGCUAGGAUUACAGGUGCCCCGGGGUGUGGGAAGUUGGCCCAAUCCUCCCUGUCCAGGUUUCAUAUGCAGUUGCAUAGAAAUGUAUAUAUAUUUACUUGUUGUCAACUAUGGCUUUGUAAAGUUUUACUGCUUUGUUGACUCGGUUCCCCAUUUCCAUUCCUAAUAAGAUAUUUGGGUUAGGGUUAGAUUGAUCUUUGGAGGGUUAAAAGGUUAGCACACCAUCGUGAGCCAAAAGGCCUGUACUGUAUUGUUCCAUGUUCAAUAUUCCGUCUGCUUACUCUGAAGGGUGUGACUGAACCCAGUGUUGAAAGGGACUGGAAUUGGUCACUCAGUCCUACUUUGCUAAACCCCUCUGUGGCUGAGCUUACUGGAGUAGGACUGAGUGACCAAUCCCAAUUCCUUUGGACACAAAUACUUUUUACUUACACCAUCACCCCUACUGGGACAUAAGUUGCCAACAGCAGCUUGCCAGAGCCUUCUGACCUGGGCCAGUCCCUUCAAGUUAUCCCAGGUGUAGCCCAUCAUCUUCUCCUUCCGCUCCCAGGGCUGAGGUUUUUGGAGCUUCUGUUGGCAUUUCUGCAGCUCUGGAGUUACAGGAUGAGGUCGCUAGCCCUAUGCCUAACCCUCCUCCUUUCGUAGCCGGGCUUGGGGCCAUCCAUACCGGAGUUUUGGAGACGAAUAAACCCCAUUAAGUCUGAGCCUGGAACAGCUCCCCUCCUUUUCAAUCCCAGUAACUGGGUUAUUCCUUUCUGAGUCCCUGCCCCUCCCAUUCCAGCCUUCACAACAGUUUCCUUAGCCAAAUGUAGACUGCAAUUAUGCCAGCUGCCUAGGAGGAGGGCCUGCUAAGUGUUAUAAAUUCAUGCUCAUCUAAGAUUGCACCCGGCUGUAUUCAUUUGCAGUCAUUUAUUCGGACUGGACUCUCAGUCUCUGUCUUCUGGCAUGUCGAGCAUUUGUAAACUCCCUCGUGAUCUGCCUCUCUUAAUGCUCCUUGAGUCUAUUUGGAACCAGCCCAGGUGGCUUCUUGCAAGUCACUAUGGGUUGUGUGCUGACAGAACACAACAGAUCACUGAGUUUAAUCAGAUUCACGUGGGGCCAUUUGUUUAAAGUUUAGCUUGUGUGCAGUUGUUUUGUAUAAAUCAGCUCAGUGUGUGAACAUAAUCUUUUCCCCAGCCAAAGCUGGAAGUUCCCAUUAGCAACUUGACUGCCUCCUGAAAUUUAAUCAAAAUCUGGUUUAAUAUCACUGGCAAAUGUUGUGAAACAUGUUGUUUUGUGGCAGCAGUACACUGCAAUAGCUAAUAAAGGAACUAAAUUACACAAAGAAAUAUAUAUGUGCAGUGCAAAAAGGAAAACUGAAAUAUAAAAGUGAGGUAGUGUACAGGUUCAUUGUCCAUUCAGAAACCUGAGGGCAGAGGGAAAGAAGCUGUUCCUAAAAUGUUGAGUGUGUGUCUUCAGGCUCCUGUACCUAGUCCCCGAUGGCAACAGUGAGAAGAGAGCUUGUCCUUAAUGACAGAUGCAGCCUUUUCAAGAUGUCCUCGGUGCUGGUUAGGUUCCCAAGUGUUCAGGGAGUUGCUCAUUGCCAAAGGCUUAAAUAUCGGUUUGAGUUGGUCUUUAUCUGAGAUCUGUCUACGUAACUACCCACCCUAAACGGAGUCAGGUAAGCUGCACCAAUGUAGGUUAUCCUGUGAGCUUUCAAUGUGCAAAAGUUUACCCUUGAUUUGAGCUUGGGGCACGACAGGCUGGCCAAAAUUCCACCUGCAGCAUCAAGGUCCAGGAGUUGUUUACCUUCAUGAUGAGCAACCAAAAGCUCAUUAAGGAGUUCGUCAAACAGCCAGAGCUUUCAGCUGUCUAACUGAGCCCAGGGCUGUAGUGCUCGCUGCCUGUCGUAUGAAUGUCCUAACUCCUCACUCCUUCAGAAUGUUUAAUGCUGAAUAUCCGGUAUAAAACGGAGAACACUGGGCGGUUAGCACGAGACUGUUACAGCUCGGGGCCUGGGAUUGGGGAAGAGGGUGGGUGGGUAGGGUGAGAAUCAGCAGGAUAGGCAGCUUCUGUGGAGAGAAACUGGUUAAUGUUUCGAACCCUGGCCUGAAACUUUACUUGUGUCCCUGAGAGACUUCUGAGAAGUCUUCGCUUUGUUUCUUAUUCCCUUUCACUCGUGCAAAGUUUACCGUGGGUUCAGUGAGCUGGUUCCAUCAUGUCAGCCAGUGAAGGAUUCCGAAUGGAAGCAAGAUCGCGACUCCUGUCGUGUGAGCUUCAGUUGGGCUUGCUCUGUAAGCUUUACUCCCCUCUCUGGCGUGAACUAUCUGAUGAUGAAAUGAAAUAAGAAAAGUAUCUGCACUGGCAUUCCACCGUCCCUUGUAAUCACUGAAAUUUAUGAUGGUGUACAUCUGUUUUCGUGCAGAAAUCUUGUAAAUCUGCUAAUUGCCUGGUUCCUGUAUCACAAGCCGAUUGUCACAGUAGGGAAGCAAGCCCUUCAGUCCAACUCUUCCAUGCUGACCAUGAGGGCCAUCUGAGCUAGUUCCAUUUGGCCCAUAUCCCUCCUAUCUCUAUUACCUGCAGGGAUGUCUUUCACAAUGUUGUUAAUAUUCCUGCCUCAACCACUUCUGGCGGCUCAUUCCAUAAGACAUAGGGAGUAGAAUUAGGCCAUUCAGCCCAUUGAGUCUGCUACACCAUUUGACGAUGGUCGAUUUAUUUUCCUUCUCAGCCCCAUUCUCCUGUCUUCGCCCUGCAGCCUUUGAUGCCCUUACUAAUCAAGAACCUCUACUUCAAAUAUACCCAAAGAUGUGACCUACACAGCUGUCUGUGAUGAUGAAUUCCACAGAUUCAUCACCCUCUAGCUGAGAAAAUUCCUCCUCACCUCUGUUCUAAAGGGAAGCGUACACCACCUUCUGUGUGUUCCAAACAUACACCACCUGCAUGAAGAAGUUAUCCUUUGGGUCCCUUUGAAAUCUUCCCCUCUCACCAUAAACUUCUGUAUCCUCUAGUUUUUGAUUCACUUUCCCUGGGAGAAAGGCUUUGCAUUCACCCUAACUAUGCACCUCAUGUUUUAUGUCUUAAGGUCAAAACCUCCUAUAAAUGGGCAAGACUUUUGAUUUUGUCUGUCUCAUAAUCUUGUAUCAGGUCUUCCCUCUGUUCCUUUCGCUUUAGUUAAAAAAAAAGAGCCCAAUCUAUCCAGAAUCUCCUCAUAUCUAAAGUUGUCCAGUUGGGUAACAUUCAGGUGAAUCUGCUCUGUACUCUUUCCAGUGCAAUCACAUCUUUCCUGUACUUUGGCACCCAGAAGUGCAGACAGUCCUGCAGGUGUGGUCUAACCAGUGUUUUGUAACGUCGUCUCAAUCCUUGUAUUCUAUUUACUUAUUUUUAUUUAUUUGGAGAUGCAGUAUUGAACAGGCCCUUAUGGCCCUUUGAGCCGCGCCACCAACAGCCCGCCGAUUUAACCCUCGCCUAAUCACAGGACAAUUUACAGUGACCAAUUAACUUACUAACCGUUAUGUCUGGACUGCGGGAGGAAACCAGAGCACCCGGAGGAAAGCCACACCUUCAACGGGGAGGACAUAGAAACUCCUUACAAAGGACAUUGCAAUUGAAUUCAGAUCUCUGAAGUCCUGUGCUGUAGUAUCGUUGCACUAACCCCUAUGCUACUGUGGCCCCCUUGCCUUGACCCAAACAUGCCUCUUCACCAUAAUAUCUAUCUGAGUCAGCGUUUUCAAGAAACAAUGUAAUUGGUCUGUUUCUUAGUGUCAUAGAGCACACAGCACAGAAACAGGCCCUUUGGCCCAUCUAGUCCAUGCUAAACCAUUUAAACUAUCUAGUCCCAUCAACCUGCACCGGGACCAUAGCCCUCCAUAUCCCUUCCAUUCAUGUACCUAUCCAGACUUCUCUUUAAUUUCAAAAUCUCAUCCACCGUUUGCCCUGGCAUCUCGUUCCGCGUUCUCAUGUUCUCCUUAAACAUUUCACCUUUCUCCUUUAACCCAUGACCCCUAGCUGUAGUCUCGCCCACAGUGCCCUAUUUACUGUAUAUCUCCAACCCCUAUUUGACCUCCAGUUGCAUCACAUCAGUUGGUAUUCAGAUGCAUUUAUCCUAUAACUUUGGUUUUGCCCUUAAACCAGCCCCACGAACCUCAAAAAAAGAGCAGCUAAAGCUGAGCCGUGACAGGCCGCAGUUUAGCUCCAUCUUGACCAGAAUUGGGUUGGAUUGAACUCCAUUUGCUAACGUUCUGCCCAACUUUCAAACAGAUCCCCAUCCUGCCUGUAGGCUUGAAUGGAUUUCUUACCAACUGUGUUGCUAUCUCCUGUGAUCCGCAAAUAGACUGAAUUGUGCUUUGGUGGUGAGUCAUUAACAUUUAUCACACUAGCAAAGGUUCCAGCACUGAUCCCUGAAGUGAUUACAGACUGUUGAUCAGAUAAGCCUCCUUCUACCACUCCCCACUGCCAUCUAUCACAAGCCAAUUUUAUUUCCAGUGAUGGUAACCAUGUGAAUAGUGUACACUCGUCCUUCAGGGGAGAAAAUCGCACCUGGUCUAAUCUGUGUGUGCUCCACACCCACCUUUGCUACCCCUCUGAGUUUGCAGAUGAUUAAGGAGAGAUGGCAGGGAGAGUAUUCAAGCUGCUUACAGGCAGCGGCUGGAAUUGAACUUUUAUUGGUGAUCGCUGGUAAUGCAAAGUAACUGCUUGUGCAUCGCAUUACAGCACCAGUGAUAGGGGUUCAAUUCCUGCUGCUACUUGUAAGGAGUUUGUAUGUUCUCCCUGUGACCGCAUGGGUUUCCUCCAGGUGCUCUGGGUUCUUCCCGCGUUCCAAAGACCUGUGGGUUAGAGUUAGUGAGUUUUGGGCAUGCUCUGUUGGCGCAGGAAAUGUGGUGACUCUUGUGGGUUGCCCAGCGCAAUCUGACAAAAAUGAUGCAUUUCACGAUAUGUUUAGAUGUUUUGAUGUACAUGUGACAAAUAAGGCUAAUCUUUUGACAGUGUUGUUCACAUCUUGUGAGCAAUUAACUGUGUACUGGGCUGUAAGAUUGUCAGAAAGACUUGGGAAGGAGAUAUGUGCUGACCCAUUUUUAUCUCCUCCUCACUAAUCUCCCUCCAGGUAUGUAUCCCUGUAAGUGAUAGAAAUGUCCAUUUAGCUUCUCCCUUACCCCCAUUCAGGGCCCAAAGCAGUUCUUUCAGGUGAGGCAACACUUCACCUGUCAACCUGUUGGGGUUGUCUAUUGUAUCCAGUGCUCCCGAUGUGGCCUCCUCUAUGUUGGUGAGACUUGAUGUAAAUUGGGGAACCGUUUUUGUCAAGCAUCUUCGCUCCACCCUCCGAAAGUAGAAUUUUCCCAUAGCCAAUCAUUUUAGAAACAUAGAAAAUAGGUGCAGGAGUAGGCCAUUCGGCCCUUUGAGCCUGCACCGCCAUUCAGUAUGAUCAUGGCUGAUCAUCCAACUCAGAACCCUAUACCUGCCUUCUCUCCAUACCCCCUGAUCCCUUUAGCCACAAGGGCCAUAUCUAACUCCCUCUUAAAUAUAGCCAAUGAACUGGCCUCAACUGUUUCCUGUGGCAGAGAAUUUCACAGAUUCACCACUCUCUGUGUGAAGAAGUUUUUCCUCAUCUCGGUCCUAAAAGGCUUCCCCUUUAUCCUCAAACUGUGACCCCUUGUUCCGGACUUCCCCAACGUCGGGAACAAUCUUCCUGCAUCUAGCCUGUCCAAUCCUUUUAGAAUUUUAUACUUUUCAAUCAGAUCCCCCCUCAAUCUUCUAAAUUCCAGAGAGUCUAAGUCUAGUUGAUCCAGUGUUUCAUCAUAUGAAAGUCCUGCCAUCCCAGGAAUCAAUCUGGUGAACCUUCUUUGUACCCCCUCUAUGGCAAGAAUGUCUUUCCUCAGAUUAGGGACCAAAACUGCACACAAUACUCUAGGUGUGGUCUCACCAAGGCCUUGUACAACUGCAGUAGUACCUCCCUGCUCCUGUACUUGAAUCCUCUUGCUAUGAAUGCCAGCAUACCAUUCGCCUUUUUCACUGCCUGCUGUACCUGCAUGCCUGCUUUCAAUGACUGGUGUAUAAUGACACCCAGGUCUCGUUGCACCUCCCCUUUUCCUAAUCGGCCACCAUUCAGAUAAUAAUCUGUUUUCCUGUUCUUGCCACCAAAGUGGAUAACUUCACAUUUAUCCACAUUGAAUUACAUCUGCCAUGAAUUUGCCCACUCACCUAACCUAUCCAAGUCACCCUGCAUUUAAUUCUAUUCCCAUUCUCUUUCCGACAUAAUGAGGCCAACCUCGGGGUGGAAGAGCAGCACUUCAUUUUUGCUCUUGGUAGCCUUCAUCCUGAUGGUAUGAACAUCGAUUUCUCUUUCCCGUUUUUAUUUUGCCUCCCCCUUCCCUCUUGUAUUCCCUACUCUGGCCUCUUAUCUCUUCUCACCUGCCUAUCACCUUCCCCAGGUGCCCUUCCUUCUCUUUUCCCUGUCAUUCCUCUCCUAUCAGCUUCAUUCUUCUCCAGCCCUUCACCUUUUCCACUUAUUGCCUCCCAGCUUCUUGCUUCAUUCUCCCUCCCCCACCCACCUGACCCC